AAUAUUUUAAUGACAUUUCACAAACAAACAUCAUGAAAGUAAUAUGGAUAUUUGUAAUUGUGGCCCUAGUUGGUCUGGAAUAUACUGCCAUUCUAGGAGCACCUCUAACAAAAUGGUUUAAAACCGAUAAUAAUACCUACUAUAUAGAAGAACAGAUCAAUUACACUUUUCAACAAUCCUAUGAUGAAUGCCAAAAGAAAAAUAUGGGUUUAAUAACAUUGAAAACCUAUAAAGAGGAUGAAUUACUAUUGAAAUAUUUGGCUCAAUCAUUUGAUCCUCAACCAGAAUUUUGGCUUAAUGCUGUGGAAAAUGUUGAUAUGCAGGAUAUUAAUAAAUUAUUGGAUUCUUUUAAGUUGGCCAGUCUUUUAAAUAUCAAAUUAGAUGGUGUUAAUGAGCCACAAAUUAUACAAUCUAAUAAUCCCAAUAACUGUGCCGUUAACGUGGAAGGUGCUACAAAAGAUUGUGAUAUUCUACGUGGUUUUAUAUGUCACGAAAACAAUACCAAAUCUAGUGGUGGUGGUCAGAAUAUACAAAAUAUUGUAUUGAAAUUUAAUUAAAAUAAUAAAAAAUGUAUGUGGAAAAUUUAAAAAA